AUGAGUUAUACCACGCCCCUUACGACCAAGGUCAACAACUCUCGCUUAAGGCUACUCAACAAGAUCAAGGCUGGAGAGUUCCCGCUUAUGACUUUCAUGGCUAUCCCCAGUGUACGCCAGGCCCAAAUCGUGGCCUUGACGGGAGUUGAUGGGAUUAUCAUCGAUUGCGAGCAUGGACAUAUUGGUGACGAUGCUAUGCACAAUUCAGUGUCAGCUAUCUCGUCGCUUGGUGUCUCUCCCAUAAUUCGGAUCCGCGGCCCCGCACAUGAUAUUUUAAAGCGUGCCCUGGAUACUGGCGCCCACGGAAUAAUGGUGCCCCAGAUCAACAAUGCCCAAGAGGCAGAGCAAGUCGUUGCGUCCUCCAAGUUCCCACCACAAGGCGUCCGUGGACAGGGAUCCGCCUUCCCUGCAAUUGGUCAUGGCCUCACAACUCCAGAAUACAUGAAAAGCGCCAACGAAACCAUUAUCACCAUGAUUCAAAUCGAGACCCGUGCUGGCGUAGAGAACGUGGAAGCAAUCUGUGCCGUUCCUGGGGUAGAUCUCGUGUUCAUCGGACCCAAUGAUCUCGCACAAUCCCUCCUUGGAUAUACUCCUGCUCGGGGCGAUGAACCCGAAUUUGUUGCUGCAAUUGACAAGAUUGUCGCUGCUGCACGGAAAUAUGGGAAAUGGGCUGGCCGUAUGGUGAACAACGGUUCCAUGGCAAAGGAAGCUAGAGAGAGAUAUGACACGGUCGCCAUUACCGGUGAUACAAAGGCCAUUCAAAACUGGUACAUGUCAGAGUUUGAGAUUGCUCGGUCUUAA